CUCGUUUCCAGCCAGUAAGAUGGUCUCUUUACAUAGUUCAUCAUAUGCUGUUUGAAGUACGUGUACGUGCGAUUCGUGUACGUUUUUAGUGAUGAAAAAUCCGAUAAUUAAUUCGGUAUCUGUGUUGGCAUUUGUAUCCAUUGUGGCGAUGUUAGCCGAUAGUGGAGUCCUAGGGUUGACUCCUAGGGCUCCAAAUUUCCCUUAUUUCGAGCGACCCAACUAUCGAUAUCCAUAUUACGAUGAAAACGGUCGAGGAAAACUACUGUACGGUUUUGGAGGCCAGGAUUUGUAUCAGUAUAAGUCAUAUUCGCCACUCGAAGGCAUUCAUUAAUUGAUAAACAAAAAAAAAAAAAAAAAAUGUAUUUUAACGUUCAUAUUUUGUAAAAGUUGCACACUAUGAUUAGAGGGCUUCGUUUUUAUUUUCGUCGAAGAUUUUUUUUACUAAAUUUUAUUUUGUACGAUAUAGUUUGUAAAUGAGUAUUCUUAAGCUUUGUAUUCAGCGUCGAGUAUUUUUAAUUUUAAUUUUAAGCCUUAAUUUUAAUGUAGCAAUUAUUUAGUUUCUUAGCAAUAGAAACUAAGUAUUGCGUCUAAAUGGAUUCAUAUGGAGAACAGUUACCAGAAAGAGGCUUCUCGGAGUUGUUUACUAUUGUUUUGUCGGUUCACGCGUCGAACUUUUUACCCAUUUCAAGUACCAUCUACGAAUCAUAUUUUCAACAUUGUGAAAUUCAUUCGAAAUAGACAUCGUACUCAUCAUCUGUAUCAAUGAAAAAUAUCCUAAGCUGUCAAACUAUAUUAUCAAUGUUUUUAUAACCGCAUUUUAUCAAAAGUAUUAAAUAUACGUAUUUUAUAUAACACAUUUUGAAAUCUUUUUAAUAUCGACCUCGACUAUUUUGGUCGUUAUUUUAAAUAUUUCAUUGCUGUGGGAAUUCGUAAACGUAAACAUUCAAUAAGUUUUACACGUGUUAAUCCACAUUAAAGUCAACGCCAAUAUUGUAAUACGAUUGGUAAAAGAUUCAACGACGAAGAUCAUUAAUUCAAUCUACCUAUCUACUCGGAAACAAUCAAUAUUAACAGAUUCGCCGCUGUACUUGGUGAAAUGUUGGAUGCUUAACGAUAAAACGAUUGUCAGGAAAACCAACGACCCAAGUCUCUUAAUGUAAAUAUAAUCUUAAGGGCCUAUUUUUACGUUUUUUUUUUCGUUUGUUUAAUUGGGAGAUGAAUGUUGUGUGGAGCUUUUAUACGCUCAGUGUGAGUGAGUUUUUAAUCCUUAAGUAUUUAUUUAGGUGUUUUUUGUUUCUUUUUUUCUUUUUGUUAAGUUUUGUUUCGUUUUUUUCUCUUUUAUUCUAAGAAAAUGACUAUGAUUAGUGAAAAUUUAUAAUUUCUGUAAGUUUAAGGGUAUCGCAGCUAAAAGUACAAAAAUUAAUGUGUACGAGGUACUUGUAAGUUUUUUUGUUAUACUACUUUUGUUUUAGUCAGGAUUAAAAUUUAGGUAAUUUUUUCUCUAGGUUAAAAAAUGUUCGAAUAGUCAAAUGAUUUUUGUUUUUAAGUUUUACGAUCGAUUUUUUGUUAUAAUGGUUGAGAGAUUGGCGAUAUUAAUUACAUUAUAAGAAAAUUUUCUUUUCUACUAAGUUUUUUUUUCUUUUGUUUUUUUUCUGUUUUUUCCUUUUUUUUCUUCGUUUUAUAUUUAUCGAAUUGAUUAAGUUUUUUUUUGUUCUAUUUUUACGAAGCGUUGAAUCCGCACAUUAUGUAUAAUUUUUUUGUUUUUGUUUUUCUAUUAACAAAGCACAAGUUUGAAGAAAAAACAAAAUGUUUCGAAGCAUUUCUAUUAAAGAGGUUUUCUUUGUAAUCAAAAUUACUGCAAAGUGUCCUUAAUUAGGUUUAAAAAACGAAUAAGCUACACCGUUUUGAUGCAGGGUACUAUAUUCCGAUUCAAGAGAUGGCUUUUUUUUUUUUUUUACUUUACAUAUUUUUCUAAGCGUGUUUUUCAAGAAAAGAACCAAUCAUUUUGUACAUAACACAUUAAAAAGAAAAAAAAGAGUGACACGUUCAAUUAAAAAAUGCUUUCUGUCGCUCUAAUCUCAUUUUUUUUUCUAUUCGCUAUCUAUCUACAUUUUUUACCCUGUAUAUAGGAAGAAUCUUAGAACAGUUUGACUGACUUUUGAUUUUUUUUUUCGUCUAAAAUUCAUUUAUUUAUUUUAAAUAUCAAAAAUAUAUUAUACUAAGAUUCGCCCUAGGAAAUCGAAUUGUUUUUGUAUUAAAAAAAAUUUGAAACGAUCUAAGUCUUUUAUUUUAGUUAGUUCCUAUAUAGGUUUAAUCUAUAUUAAUAUAGUCUAUGAUUAUGGAAAGCUGAAAAAAAUUCAAAUUAUCCGACAACACAGUAAUAGAGGAAACAAAAUUGUUAUCACAAAUGAAAUAGGAUUUAACGAAACGAGUAUAUUAUAAUAUAUUAGUAAUAGACAUAUUGAAAAAAUGGCCGGCUGUAAAGUGCAAUAAUAUUGAUGUUUUGUAAUGCAGUUAAUAUUUUAACUAUUAACAAACAUAUUAUAAUAAAUUUUAUAUUGUACCUUA